CUCUCUCUUCUCAUCUCUCUUCACGCGGAACGCACGUGUGAUACCCGGCCGCCUUUCAACUUUCAAGUCUCAGCCUGUGGGCUGGUAUCAUCUAGAUCCGAGAAUCUUUCAAUUCUGUGCAACCGAAAAGCUCUCAGGAACAACAAGCAGAGAUCCCACAGUGCAUACAGAAAAGGGAGAACGAAAGCCCCAUCCCAAUCCCAAUUCCCAACCCUUCUCUCUAUCAUUCAGGCUUUUCUGUCCCUCAACAAUUUGUAAUAUAAUACCUGGGUCCCCACUCUACAAUGGAGUUCAUGCAGUCUCACAAAGUGGAGAUGCUGGGCAUAGCCGUGGCUCUUGUCGCCGUCGGUGCAACCACUGCUUUCUACCUAUAUCUCACCAAGAAACCCAAAGGUUGCUUGGACCCUGAAAACUUCAAGGAAUUCAAACUUGUUAAACGCACCCAGCUCAGCCAUAAUGUGGCCAAAUUCAAAUUUGCUUUGCCUACGCCAAUGUCAGUAUUGGGACUUCCUAUUGGACAACAUAUGAGUUGCAGAGGGAAAGAUAGUCUUGGUGAAGAAGUUACUAAACCAUAUACUCCAACCACUUUAGAUUCAAAUGUUGGAUACUUUGAAUUAGUUAUUAAGAUGUACCCACAGGGAAGGAUGUCACAUCAUUUUCGUGAGAUGCGAGAAGGUGAUUACUUGGCCGUGAAAGGACCCAAGGGGCGAUUCAAAUAUCAACCUGGCCAGGUUAAAGCUUUUGGAAUGGUUGCUGGAGGCACUGGCAUUACACCAAUGUACCAGGUUGCUAGAGCCAUAUUAGAAAACCCAAACGACAAUACCAAGAUAAAUCUUGUUUAUGCCAAUGUCACAUAUGAUGACAUACUUUUAAAGGAAGAGUUGGACACUAUUGCUAGUAAUUUUCCACAACGCUUUGCUGUGUACUAUGUUCUGAAUCAGCCACCUGUGGGAUGGGAUGGCGGAGUUGGUUUCGUAUCAAAGGACAUGAUCCAAACCCACUGCCCAGGGCCAGCCCCUGAUAUUCAGAUAUUAAGGUGUGGGCCGCCGCCCAUGAACAAAGCCAUGGCUGCCCACCUUGAUGCUCUUGGCUACACUGCGCAGAUGCAGUUCCAGUUCUGAGCCGCUAAUGUCCAGCUUGUAAUUCAUUCUUGUGUUCCAAAUACUGAUUUUUGUAGCUCCCAUCCACUGGAGAAAGUGAAUAAUUUGAAGAGCCUUCUGGUUUUUCCUCCUGCGGCUCAGGGAAUUCUACAUUCUUGUUGUAGCAUGGAGAAGACCUUUGUCAGCAAUUGAAAGCACUGUUGGUGUUCUGUGUCCUAGACUGUUUUUCCAUUUAAACUAAUUAGCUGGCGGGUUAUUGGCUCAACAAGCAGUACCACAAUUCAUAACCAGAUUUAUUUUUGCCCACGCUCUAUAACCAAAUUUUGUGUAAUUCGGGACUAGGGAUUUUGUUUUGACCAAAAACUAAUAAAAUUUGUCAAUCAAGUCCUUUUAAAGAUUA